GGAGAUAUUUGAGAUACGAAACAUCUUAGUUUCUCCUCUCUCGUUAACCUAAUUAUAAGGAGGGAUCGAGGAAUUAAAGCCAAGAAAACCAACAAAGACAAUGGAGUUUCUUUCAUCGAGGCUAACAAUAAUGUCCUAUUGUUUUUAUUCUACGUCGGUGCUCUUUCUCACUGUUGUCUGCACCGUCAGUUCCUUGGUAAAGCUACCACCUAAUGUAACUAUUCCGGCCCUUCUGGUCUUUGGGGAUUCCAUCGUCGAUGCAGGCAACAACAACGACCUUGAAACACUUGUCAAGAGCAACUUUCCUCCCUACGGAAAGGAUUUUGAAGGCGGGAUUCCUACAGGAAGGUUCUGUAAUGGAAAAAUCCCGUCAGACAUUAUAGCUAAAGAAUUGGGAAUUAAGGACACAUUACCAGCAUAUUUGGACCCAGCAGUUCUACCUCAAGAUCUCAUAACAGGAGUAACCUUUGCUUCAAGUGGCUCUGGCUUUGAUCCCUUGACACCCAAAUUAGUGUCAGUCCUGUCGUUGUCAGAUCAAUUAGAACAUUUCAAAGAAUACAUAGGGAAGCUGAAGGCGAUAAUUGGAGAGGAAAACACAAUUUUCACCAUAAGGAAUAGUCUAUUUCUAGUAGUAGCAGGCAGCGAUGACAUUGCCAAUACCUAUUUUACUCUUCGUGCAAGGAAAUUGCAAUAUGAUGUUCCUGCUUACACAGAUCUAAUGGCUAACUCAGCUUCUAGUUUCGCGCAGGAAUUAUAUGAACUUGGGGCAAGAAGGAUUGUUGUUUUCAGCGCACCACCAGUUGGAUGUGUACCAUCGCAAAGGACUUUAGCAGGGGGAGCUGAAAGAGAGUGUGCAGAAAACUUCAACGAAGCAGCAAAGUUAUUCAACUCCAAGUUGUCCAAGAAGUUGGAUUCUCUUGGUAGCAGCCUGCCUAACAGCAGUCUUGUCUACAUAGAUGUCUACAAUCUACUGCUCGAUAUCAUUCAAAAACCCCAAAAAUAUGGUUUUCAAGUUGCAGAUAAAGGAUGUUGCGGUACUGGGAAUUUAGAGGUAGCUGUAUUAUGUAACCAGCAUACUUCUGAGACAUGUGCAGAUGUUUCCGAUUAUGUAUUUUGGGACAGCUACCAUCCAACUGAAAAAGCUUAUAAGGCACUCGUUUAUCCUCUCCUUGGAAAAUAUCUGACCAAAUUCUUCUGAGCCAUCUCAACUUGCUAUGGUCAUGUUUCAUUCGCCUUCAUGUAUAUUAUUUCUGUGUUUGGUAUUUGGUAUUGUGUGGAUGGUGUGAAAAAAGCUUAGAUGGUAAACAUCACAAGCUUUUCUGCAAAAGUCUAGAAAGUGGCAAACCAUUUCGAAGUCCAAAUAAUGUGUGUUUUGUGUUUGAAAUAA